CUCACAAUGGCCUCCCACACGGGCACGCAUAUCGACGCGCCUUACCACUUUUUUGCGGACGGGCGCGCGCCAAUCACCUGGUCAGACCUGCAGCCACACGCGAGGCAGAUGCGCGAGGGCGUCGUGGUGCUCCUGUGCACGGGUUGGUCACGGAACUGGGGCAAACCAGGCUACAGCGACCAUCCGUUCUUGGACGCGGACGCGGCGCGGCGGAUCUUGGAGACAGGCGUGCGAGUGAUCGGGACGGACACGCUGAGUCCGGACGAGUUUACCCCCGACGAAGGCGACACGGGGAAGGUGCAUCGCAUUGUUCUGGGGCAAGGCGGAAUCAUUGUGGAGAAUCUGACUGGAUUGGACAAGCUGGUUGACAGUGGGUGGGAGGCGCCAGUGGUUUCCCUGCUGCCUCUCAAUUUGGCGGGAUGUGAUGGCAGUCCGGUGAGGGCUGUUGCA